AUGGCACGCCUACGCUGGAACGAUCCAUUCUGGAAUGGCAAACGGAAACCCUUCAUAAUUGGGGUAAUUUCAUCAUCUUUUCUCGUCAUCAUGCUGUUCUUCAUCGUCACGUCUUAUCUCUACGGUUCCAUCUGGAGGGAUACUUAUCGAACGAGUCAUUUGAAUAUUUUGGCCGUUGACUAUGAUGGGGGGGUCAUAGGACAGUCCUUGUCAGCUGGGUACUCUGCACUGAAAGGCGAGAGAUUUCCGACCUUACACUUCCGUUCUGCUGAGGAAUUUGGCACUGUCGAGGAUAUCCGGAAUGCGGUGUGUAGAGGAGAUUACUGGGCGGCGAUAUUUGCGCAAGAUGGUGCUUCCGAUCGAUUGUCAGCUGCUCUUGGAGGUGGAAAUGCUGCUGCUGAAUACAAUUCGAGCAACACUUUGACAUAUGUUUACAACGAAGCUCACUACCCGACUGUACAAUUGGGCUACAUUCUUUCGAACAUGCAAACACUAAUCGGAGCUGCCCAGACCAUAUAUGGCUCACUCAACGGCACCGGAGCUGCCCAAUCUCUGAACACCAACGACCAGAAUGCCGUACUGGCCCUCCUCAAUCCCAUUUCGGCAUCGUCAAUAAACAUAAAGCCGACACCGCAAGGAACCAAAGUUCUAUACAACACCGUAACCCUCAUCCUACCAAUUAUCCAGCAAUUCUUUUUCCUCAUGGCACUAAACGGCAUCUCGAACUCAUUCAACAUAUACGGGUAUCUCUCCAGUAUCCAAGUUGGUCUUAUCCGGAUGGUCGUUGCUAUCACUUACACCUUCCUCGCCUCCUUGUCCCUGGUCGGAUACAUAUGGGCAUUCAAAGAGAACUGGGAUGUAUCAGGUGGUCAAUUUAUGCUCACUUGGAUGGCGAUGUGGUUAUACAUGCACGUCAAUUUCGUGGUUCUCGACGCAGCAACAGCGUUUGUGCCUUUGGCGUAUCUGACCUUUUUCGUUUUGCCCUGGGCCAUCGCCAACAUCACAUCCACUCUCUUCCCCUUCGAGCUGAAUCCCGGAUUCUACAAACUCGGGUAUGCACUCCCAGGGUAUCAGAUCGUGAGCAUAUUAUUCCAGAUCUGGUCGGGAGGUUGCAACAACCAGCUUUCGAGGUCUCUGCCUGUCCUGUUUGCGUGGGAAAUUGUGGGUUUGUUCGCCGCUGUGUGGGGAGUAGCUCGCCGUAAUAGAGCGGCUCGGGCAGAGGUUUUGAAGGGGGCAGAGGAGCAGCAACAACCUCGGUCUUCUUCAACUGGUUCAAAUGAGAUUCAGGAAAAGCCGAAGGACAUUCAAGACAAGCCCGAUCCGAACUUUGACGACCGGCGCCACGACGUGGAACGACGGCACACAGGACCUCCAGGAUUGCCAAUGCCGCUUCAGGGGAUUUACACACAGGUGCAAGAUUGA